UUUUUUUAUAUUUUGUCUAAUUCUCUGAACCAUGGUUCUCAAAGUGAACAUUGAAUACUGCUCGGCAUGCGGCUACUUUCCACGCAUGAAGGAGAUUGAGCGAGCCAUCCAGAAAGAGUUCCCCACGGCCAAGGUGACUGGCGAGGGCGGCCGAAGCAAGUCGUUCGAGGUCACCAUCAACGGCGAGCUCGUCCACUCCAAGCUCACCUCGGGCAAGUUUGUCAACCCGCCAGUCAUUGUCGAAGCUGCAAAGGCGAUUGCUGCCAAGCAGGCCGCUGCGGCAGAAUGAGAGCAACAGCAAGCGACGGCAUUCAGAGCUUGCAAAUGCGUUUGCUGCACUAUUUUGCAUUUGGGAAGGUUUGUCUCAGAGACAAGCGACCAAAAAGCGGAAACAGUAUUGUAGAGCUGUUACGAAUACAAGCAAACUCAGAUUGA